AGAAAAUGUGAGCGCGGCGCCUGUGUCGGGAGCUAGACUUCAAAUCCCUGCUCCACCCUGGACUAGAUGGGUGACCUUGAGCUAGUGGCUUUUCUGGGCCUCAGUUUCCUCACCUGAAAAAUGGAAAUAAUUGUGCGCAGUCCGCGAAGUGUGGGGCACCGAGUCCGGGCUCAGUAAAUUAUCUAAUCCUCACGCCAAGGCGGUAUUGUCGCCCCGGGCAAGUGGCGAUCGCGUGUACUGAGACACAGAGCCCUCCAGGUGCCCGGCCAGGGCCGCAGAGCUCAUUCAAGGGUUGAAGUGGGGUCUCAACUCAGGCGCCGGGAGCCCCGCGGCCGGGAGCGCUGAGUAUUUCGCCGACUCCCGGAAACUCACCUUUUUGGCCCCGGGGCCUCCGGCCGGUGCCAUCUCGCCGCUGCUGUGCGGCCGCCGGGUCCGUGAGAGCGCGCCAAGCUCUGGAACCCGCCCCUCGCCCGGGGGAGGGUCCCCCAGCAGAGCCGCCGGCCCCGCUGCCCCAGGGUGUCCGGUGUCCUCGGAGCAGGCUCCCGCGCCCGCGCCCUCGGCCUCCUCGGCCUCGCCAUGCUCCGCCCGGGCGCGCAGCGGGGCCUCCUGCUGUCGAGUCUCCGGCUGCAGGGCUCCCCGGGCCGCCCGCGCUCAGCCUGCGGCCGCCAAGGAGAGGAAAACGCACCUUUGUCUGUGGAAACAAGAUGGAAAGACAGAGCAGAAACUGUGAUAAUUGGAGGUGGCUGCAUUGGUGUGAGUCUGGCUUAUCACCUGGCCAAAGCAGGGAUGAAGGAUGUGAUCCUCCUGGAAAAAUCAGAGCUCACUGCUGGAUCUACCUGGCAUGCAGCAGGUUUAACAACUUACUUUCAUCCUGGAAUAAACUUGAAGAAGAUACAUUAUGCUAGCAUCAAACUUUAUGAGAAAUUGGAAGAGGAAACUGGACAGGUGGUGGGGUUCCAUCAGCCAGGGAGUAUCAGAAUCGCUACCACUCCUGUAAGGGUAGAUGAAUUUAAAUAUCAGAUGACUCGGACUGGCUGGCAUGCAACAGAGCAGUAUAUUAUUGAGCCUGAAAAAAUUCAAGAGAUGUUUCCGCUACUCAACAUGAAUAAGAUUUUAGCUGGACUGUAUAAUCCUGGAGAUGGUCACAUCGAUCCUUACUCUCUAACUAUGGCCCUAGCUGCUGGGGCUAGGAAAUAUGGUGCCCUUUUAAAGUAUCCUGCCCCGGUGACUUCUCUGAUACCCAGGUCAGAUGGAACAUGGGAUGUUGAAACACCACAGGGAUCUAUGAGGGCGAAUAGAAUUGUGAAUGCUGCAGGAUUUUGGGCUCGUGAAGUAGGUAAGAUGGUGGGACUAGAACACCCUCUCAUUCCGGUCCAGCAUCAAUAUGUUGUGACAUCAACUAUACCUGAAGUGAAAGCUUUGAAACGAGAACUCCCUGUGCUCCGUGACCUGGAAGGAUCCUAUUAUCUGCGACAGGAAAGGGAUGGGCUUUUGUUUGGUCCCUAUGAAAGUCAGGAGAAAAUGAAAGUGCAGGACUCGUGGGUCACCAAUGGAGUCCCUCCAGGGUUUGGAAAGGAGCUCUUUGAGUCUGAUCUUGACCGAAUUAUGGAACAUGUGGAAGCUGCCAUGGAAAUGGUUCCAGUCUUGAAAAAGGCUGAUAUCAUCAAUAUCGUCAAUGGUCCUAUCACCUAUUCUCCUGACAUUCUGCCUAUGGUGGGGCCCCAUCAGGGAGUCAGAAACUACUGGGUGGCUAUAGGCUUUGGGGUGUUUAUCUCUGUAUUUGAAAGAUAUGGCAUAAUCCACGCCGGUGGGGUAGGGAAAUAUCUCAGUGACUGGAUCCUGCAUGGAGAACCUCCUUUUGAUCUGAUAGAAUUGGAUCCUAAUCGCUAUGGCAAAUGGACAACAACUCAGUACACUGAGGCCAAAGCAAGAGAGUCAUAUGGAUUCAACAAUAUAGUUGGUUAUCCUAAAGAAGAGCGAUUUGCCGGGAGACCAACUCAGCGAGUCAGUGGGCUUUAUAAAAUCCUGGAGUCUAAGUGUUCCAUGGGGUUCCAUGCAGGCUGGGAGCAGCCACACUGGUUCUACAAACCAGGCCAGGAUACUCGGUAUAGGCCAAGUUUUCGCCGCACAAACUGGUUUGAGCCUGUGGGAUCUGAGUAUAAACAGGUUAUGCAAAGCGUAGGGGUUAUUGACCUGUCACCAUUUGGCAAGUUUAACAUCAAAGGCCAAGACUCUGUUAGAUUGUUGGACCAUCUCUUUGCAAAUGUCAUUCCAAAGGUGGGUUUUACAAACAUAAGUCACAUGUUGACACCAAAAGGUCGAGUGUAUGCUGAAUUGACUGUUUCUCACCAAACUCCUGGGGAAUUUCUACUAAUAACUGGUUCUGGAUCCGAACUUCAUGAUAUUAGAUGGAUUGAAGAAGAGGCAGUCAAUGGUGGAUAUGAUGUUGAAAUUAAAAACAUAACCGAUGAGCUUGGAGUUCUUGGGAUUGCAGGGCCCCAAGCAAGAAAGGUUCUUCAGAAACUGACCUCUGAAGAUCUUAGUGAUGAUGUUUUCAAGUUUCUUCAGACCAAGUCUUUAAAGGUUUCAAACAUUCCUGUCACUGCUAUUAGGAUAUCUUAUACUGGUGAGCUGGGUUGGGAGCUGUACCACAGACGAGAAGAUUCUGUAGCCCUUUAUGACAUUAUCAUGAAUGCAGGCCAGGAGGAGGGAAUUGACAAUUUCGGAACAUACGCCAUGAAUGCCUUAAGACUGGAGAAAGCUUUCAGAGCCUGGGGGUCAGAGAUGAACUGUGAUACAAAUCCCUUGGAAGCUGGACUGGACUAUUUUAUAAAGCUAAAUAAGCCAGCAGACUUCAUAGGAAAGCAAGCACUGAAACAGAUUAAAGCCAAGGGGCUGAAACGGAGACUGGUCUGCCUCACCUUGGCAACGGACGAUGUUGAUCCGGAGGGAAAUGAAAGCAUCUGGUAUGAUGGCAAGGUGGUUGGCAACACGACGUCUGGAAGCUACAGUUACAGCGUCCAGAAGAGUCUGGCGUUUGCCUAUGUGCCUGUUGAGCUAAGUAAAGUAGGACAACAGGUGGAAGUUGAACUGUUAGGCACAAAUUAUCCGGCAACCGUCAUACAGGAACCCUUGGUAUUGACAGAACCAGCCAGAAACCGGCUUCGGAAGAAAAAUGGAAAGGACAAAAUUUGAAAAAGACCCUCAACAGGCAAUUGAAUUAUGUUUGCUCUAUGACUACCAAAAAUCAUAACUGAGUUUUGGGGGGGAAUACAAGAAACCAAUAAUUCAUGGGUUCAUUCAAAUGAAUAAUUUGAAUAAUUCAUUCAAAAUCAUCAAAAUCCAGAUUUCUCAUCUUAAUAAAAUAACAGUUCUUUUCUAAACAAGGAAGAAAAAUGGAUUAGUGCUGUACUUUGUUCUUUCAAAUGAAGGUAUUUGAAAUGAAUGUUUUUAUUACCCUAUAUUGUUUAUGAAAUUCAGCAAAACAUUUAGGUGUUUGCGAAUAUACAAUCACUAUUAUAACUGAAUUAGAGGAAAUUAUUUAAUUGUUAGAGCAUCUGCAUAUGCUUCUUGUUACCUGACAACAAACUAAUUGUUCUACAUAAAAACAAAUGCAAUACUAUUCAUUGAUGUGUUUCAUUAGGAAACAGUAGUUGAAUAAGGGAUAGUUUUAAUUUUUAUAACGUAUUACAAUGAAAACAGUAAAAUUUAAUAUUGAUACAUAAAUUGUUAUUCAACUCUCUGAAACACUUAUUUUCCUAAUGAAUUCCCUGUAAGCAGUAUUAUGGGACAUCAUUAUUGUCCUUCCAAAGGUUGUUUUAAAACAGUAGUUGCAAAAAGAACAGGCUUCCAAAGGAAGCAUUGCUUGAAGACCUUUUGAAAUGAAGCUGAAACAUAGAUUGUGCCAGUAAAAACACAGUUUGAAUACUGAACACCUCUCUCUGGGAAAGAAUUAAUGCAAGUUGACAUCACAUGUGCCGUUCUGAAUAUCAUUUCACGAAGCAUCUGACAAAGCAGGUCAAACAAGAGCUAAAGAGAUGACAGGAUGGCCCUUAGCACUAUGUACAGCAAGAAAAAAAUCCAUUUAGAAAUAAUUCCCUCAUAAAUUUUUUGAAAUUAAAUUCAGUGGACUGAACAAAUCAACCUUUUUUUUGUAAAAGGUAACUUAUCACUUAAAAUUUGUUAGACACACAUUUGUUAAACAUUUAUUGAGCUUUUCCUGGGUAUUAAAGUUGGAUGUGAGAUGUAAAAUUCUGUAAUUAGAACAGAUUAUAAAAUAAUUUCUUAACUUGUAAGUGUUGCAAAGAUGCCAAGCAUACAUACGUUUAAAAUGUUUCAUUAAAGCAAUCAUACAUUAGAAUUCCGGCAGACCAUUAAUUUCCCUUCCAUGUGUCUUUAUUUUAUAUGAGAAAAGAGGGAAAUUUUCUCGGUAACAAAAUUUGAUAAUCUUGAUAACUUCCUAAUUAUCAAGAAUAUUAUCUUGGUGCAGUCACCAUGGAAAACAGUAUGGAGGUUCCUCAAGAAAGUAAAAAUAGAACUACCGUACCAUAUAAUUUCACUUCCAUGCAGAAUCUAAGAAACAAAAUGAACAAACAUUACAAAACUCAGAUACAGAGAACAAAUUGGUGGUUGCCACAGUGAAGAGGUGUUGGUGGGGGGCAAAAUGGAUGAAGGGGGUCAAGAGGUACAAACUUCCAGCUAUAAAUAAGCCUUGGGGAUGUAUUGGAGAUCAUGGUGAAUAGUGUUAAUAUAGCAUGGCGUAUCUUAAAGUGGCUCAGAGACUACAUCUUAAGAGUUCUUAUCACAAGAAAAAAUGUAACUUUGUGAUGAUGUGAUGGAUGGUAGCUCACCUGGUGGGGAUAUUUCACAGUGUAUAUAAAUAUUGAAUCAUUAUUUGCACACCUGAAACUAAUUGUAUGAACCAAUUAUACCUCAAUUUAAAAAAACCCUCCAGAUCCACUCUCUCAGUUUGGAUAUUAGGUGCUGGCUAAACCCUUUACCUGGGAAAUCCCACUUCUCAUUCUCUGUCUGUAGCCCUGUAACCAUUAAGGUACUUAUUUUCCAUCUCUGAAUUUCUUCUCUGCAAAAUAGACAAUUCCAGGAGUUUUUUUUUAUGCAUUAAUUAAUGAUGAAAGCACAACAUUGAAUUCAUGUCCUAUUAAUAUAGCACUAAAGCAGAUCAAUAAAAAGCAUAGAAAAUUUAGGUGAAUAUUAAAUGUUUAAAGAAAUCUUGCCCAGAAGCACUUGGGUGGCUCAAUCAAUUAAGCAUCUGACUUUAGCGCAGGUCAUGAUCUCAUGAUUCAUGGGUUUGAGCCCCACUUCGGGCUCUUUGCUGUGCUGUGCGUCUGAGCCUGGAGCUUGCUUUGGAUUCUGUGUAUCCCUCUCUCUCUGCCCAUCCCCUGCUUGUGCCCUCUCUCUCUCUCUCUCUCUCUCUCUC